AUGGCGUCUCGCAGACACGAUCCCAACAACGCCGAAACGCUCAGGAUGUCCACGCUACAGGCCCGGCACCGGGGCCACAACAUACCCGACGGCGUGACCACGUUCAAUGAGAUCGAGUAUGACCGCGAGGGCGGAGUGUUCCUCAACCGGACCAAGCUCGUGUUGCUGGUCAUCAUCGUCUUCCUGUUGACCGCGUUUUCGGCGUUUCUCGGACGGUACACGGCCGAACGGCAACUGAGACAGUACAUAUAUCGUGAUUCGUUCGUAAAGAAGGCUGACUCGGGCGUCCCGGACAGUCAAAUACCAUUUUUGGCCGUCGAGCCGGAAAGUUACAAGGUUUUUCUGGACCCGAAGCUGUAUGCCGCCGAUGGGAAGGUCUCCAAACACGACGUCGAUUACAGCGGCCGGGUGGAAGUCAUUUUCCGGCCCAAAACCGAUACAUCCGUCAUUAGCUUGCACAUCGGACUUUUGAAAAUCGACGGCGACACGAUGUUAAAACGCAGACUGAGCAUGGACACGCCAACCGAAUUAGUACUCAAAGAUGAUUCCAAGUACGAGCUCAACGCUGAGGUAGACGAAAGCCAGGAGACACUGACGGUGACCGUCGGCGAACCUCUCAAAUCUGGACAUUACUACAGUUUGUUCGUGAACUUCACGGGCACCAUAGGUCAGAAUCCCAACGGCGGAUUUUUCAAGGUCGUUUUCGACAACAAAGAAGUCGUCAAGGACCAAUGGUAUGUGGCCACGAAGUUAGCUCCUCGCAAGGCAAGACAUUUGAUGCCCUGCGUGGAUAAUCCUAAGCACAAAGCCAUUUUUGAAAUGAGCGUGGUCAGAAGCAAGGAAACUAGAGUUAUUUUUAACACAAAAGUUAGAGCAACGGAACCAUACAAUGACAAUCUAUUCGUAGAUCAUUUCGAGAAAACCGGACUUAUCAGACCAGACUCUUUAGGAUUGUUUAUGUCAAACUUCAAGUCCAAUCCUAUACCAACCGACAGUCCAUUAGAACUGACAGUAUGGAGCCCCGAUUCUACUGAUUCAAUUGAAAUGAUCACAGAUGUAGUGCCGAAAACGUUGGAUUUCAUGACGUCUUAUUUAGCGACCAAUUUUCCGACCAACAAACUUGAUAUAGUCAUCGUCCCUAGUGCGGUCAUGACUACAGCCGAAAGCCCAGGCUUAAUCAUGAUUAAAGAUUCAAUUUUAGGUACCACACAUACAUCAUCGAUCAUCGAGUACCAAAAAUCUGUAGAGUUGAUGGUCGCGCACGUCAUCCGACAAUGGCUUAUGCCAUUGCGAGGGCUUGACCGAGGAAGUAAUGAGGACAAAUGGUUGAACGAAGCUAUUGUGAAUUAUCUUAAAAUAGUAAACAUCGAUCACAUCAAACCUGCCUGGAAUUUUGGAGCUAGAUUUCCAAUGGACACGAUUCAACCUGUCAUGUUUUACGAUAGUUGGACAAAUUCAGAGCCACUGGCUAACUAUGAACACCAUACAGAAAUAUAUAAAUACAUACAUUCUGUGAAAGGUACAUCAAUAUUGCGAAUGUUGAACAAUACAUUUACCGAAGACAUUUUUAAACAAACCCUUAGAGAAUUUGUACACACAGAAAUUUACAAAUAUAAAGAUACAAUAAGUUUUUGGACAUUGUUGGACGAUAAUGCCAGAAACAAAUCUGUGAAAUUACCAGAAAGCUCUGCUGUCUUGCAGAUUGUAAAUACGUGGAUAAAAAACAAAAACUAUCCUUUGAUAAAAUUACAAAUCGACGGCGACGAUUUGGUUGUGAAACAAUUUCGAUUCGAUUACGAUGAACCUAAACCUACCAACGAUUGGGUGAUUCCAAUAACUUUGACUUGUGGCGCUGCAUACAGCACAACAGUAUGGCUGGAAAACAAUCCAGAAACCAGAGUGCCGGGAUAUAUUUCGGCAUCGAAUGGCACGUGGAUAUUGGCCAACCAACACCAAACAGGUUACUACAGGGUGGCAUACGAAGAUGUUCUCUUGGAUAGAAUAUCUUACGAGAUAAGUAAUGGAAAAUCGUUUGACGAGUAUACCGUGGCCCAGUUGGUCGGUGACAUUUUCGAAGGAGCCUUUUCAGGUGUUAUCGGAUUCAGCGACGCCCUAGGAUUCCUGGAAAGGGUUAUUCAAAAAGCAGGUCCCUACCCCGGAUACUGGCACGCCAUUUUUAAUGCAUUCAACAAAAUAGAGAUGAUGUUGCAUAACACUAAACAUUACGAUUCGCUUUCGGUUUAUAUGGAAAUGGUGGUUCAGAAAGCAUAUGAUAUGUUUCAUGAAAGUACAAUUGAUUCACCGGACCUAAUAUUAGGCAAAAUGGAUACGUUAAAUUUUGCUGGACGUGUUGAAUUGAAAAAAUGUGUCUUGUGGGCUAGAGAACAGUUUAAUGAUUGGAAGCAGACUACAAGUGAAAUUAAUUCUAUCGCACCGAACGAUCGUAAACCCGUUUACUGUACUGCCAUGCAAUAUGCCACCAAGUACGAUCAUAGAUUUAUGUUGAGCAAAUACGCAAGUUCUAAAUGGACUCCAGACAGAAAAUCCAUAGCUAAAAGCUUUUCAUGUUCGCGAAAUCCACAAUUUUUACAAAAGAUAUUGGAAGCGGAAGAAGUGAAAUUCGACGACUUGAAUGACAUUUGGCAAUCAAUUUUAGAUAAUCCAACGGCGGGGCAAUUCCCAUUCAAUUACUUGAGAAACAACUGGGAAACGUUAAUUCAAGAAUAUGCAGAUACUAAUGUUGGGUUAUUGAGUACGAUGUUACAUGCAGGAAUCCGAGCUUUAAAUAGCCUAGCUGAUCUCGAAAUAUUACAGAGCUUCAGUGAAAAAUAUUUCGGUAACACCGUCGAAAACCGGAACCCAACAUUAUUGGAAGUCUUGCAUUUUGAAGAAGAGAUACUCAGACAGAAGAUCAUAUGGAAGGAAAAAUACGAGAGCGUGAUAUCUAGCUGGAUAACACCAAAAGCAGCUAAGAGCGAUCUUAGGUUUUACAAGAUCGGCGAUGGGCAGGUUAAGACCGGAGAGAACAAACCAGAAAACAACGUCGAGAUAAAGCCAGGUGAAGAAAAACAGUCGGUGGGCGAUGUAAAAACCGAAGAGACCAAUCAAGAAAAUAUGACUCCUCUCAAAACGGACGCUCCCCAAGUAAACCAACCCGUGGUAGUCGAGGAAACCAAAAACCAAACUCCUGCCGUGGACACUGGUGAAAAACCCGAACCAACAGCUGCGAUCGCCACCGACAAAAACGCACCACCUGCCGCAACUGCAGUAGUUCGAGAAAAUACAACACCUGCCGUGGAACAAAUCGAACCCACCACCGAUGACCUGAAACCCGCCGCCGAAGAAAAUAAAACGGAUAUCUCAGAAACCAAACCAGCUGCCGAAGAGAAGAAAACAGCCGUCGGUGAAAUCACACCCACCGCCGAAGAAAAGAAAACGGCUGCCUUAGAAAUCAAACCAGCCGCUGAAGAAAAGAAAACUGAUGCCUUAGACACCAAACCUGUAGCCGCUGAAGAGAAGAAAAUUGAUGUUAAUAAAAUUAAUAAGCCUGAAGCUGGUAAGCCCGUAACUACCGAAGACGAAAAACUUCAAGAAACACCCCAACCGGUCGUUGGUGGGUCCGAAGUCAACAACCCCAAUGAGGAGACGAACGAUGAGAAAAAACCAGAAGUGCCAAGAAAAAGAAACCGAAAAGAUUUAUUAGAAUGAACAAGGAACCAGAUAAUAUACUAUGAACACGAGUGAAUAAAAACCACGAAUAAACCAUACAAACUGUAUUAUAAAUUAAAAUAAUAUUUAUCAUUGCACGUAAAAAUGUAAUCUCGCACUGACACGAGGCAACAAAUGGGUUUCGGAACUAUUAGAACCGGAAAUUAUUUAACAAUGAUGUUCCAUUCAUUAUUCAAUAAUUUCCGUCAUUGCGGCUUGCGCCCAUCAUUCAUUAAAAAUAAAUA